CUGUCGGUGCCGAUGGGUGGCGUCACAACGGGCCUCGCUGGGCUCGGGGCGGACAGCCUGCUCUCUCUCCCCGGGCUCUGCAGCCUGUUGGCGGGGCUGGGGCUCCUCAUGUUCUGGACGGGUUCCUGGAAGUUCCUGCAUGUCGCUCUAUGCACCAUCAAAAGAGACUUAAUGUGCCUGGUUGCUAUCCUGAAGGUGAGGCUUUCCAUUCGCCGACAUCUGAGAAACAGAAGCACCAUCCCUGCCCUGUUUGCCCAGACGGUGUCACUGCACCCGCACAAAGCUGCUUUGAUCUACGAGGCUACAGGAGAGGUUUGGAGUUUCAAGGAGCUGCAGGAUCGAUGCCACGCUGUGGCUCACUGGGCGCUGGCCCAGGGGUGGGCCGAGGGAGAUGUGGUGGCCCUGUACAUGGAGAGCCAUCCCAUGGUGGUGGCUCUAUGGUUGGGUCUGGCUAUGAUCGGCGUAGAGGCUGCGCACAUAAACCACAACCUUCGACAGCAUUCACUCGUGCACUGUGUCGGCGUGUCUGGUGCUCGGGCGAUGGUCUUCGGGGCGGAGAUGAGAGAUGCGGUGUCAGAGGUGAGUGGCUCUCUGCAGCCCCACAUGGUUUGGUUCAGCAGUGGUGAGCCGGACCGUGAAGAGGAGCUCUGCAGCCUCCAGGCCCAGAACCUGGACGCCCAGAACCUGGAUGCCCAGAACCUGGACGCCCAGAACCUGGACGCCCUGCUGGAGCGCUCGCCCAAACACCCACCGCGAUACACCCUCAAGAAGGGCUUCAACGACAGACUCUUCUACAUUUACACUUCUGGAACGACGGGCAUGCCGAAGGCGGCCGUGGUGGUGCACAGUCGGUAUUUUCGCAUCGCUGCCUUUGGUUUCCACUCCUUUGGUUUGCGUCGUGAUGACGUCAUCUACAACUGUCUUCCCUUGUAUCAUUCAGCAGGUACCAUCAUGGGUGUCGGCCAGUGUUUGCUCUUCGGUGUGACCGUCGUGGUCAGAAGGAAGUUCUCGGCCAGUCGCUUCUGGGACGACUGCGUCAAACACAACUGCACUGUAAUUCAAUACAUCGGCGAGAUUUGCCGCUACCUGUUGGCCCAGCCGGUCCGUUCAUCCGAGGCACGUCACCGGGUGCGUGUUGCCAUUGGCAACGGCCUCCGUCCGUCUGCGUGGGAAGAGUUCGUCCAGAGAUUCAGAAUCCUGCGAAUCGGGGAAUUUUAUGGCGCCACAGAGUGCAACUGCAGCAUGCUCAACAUAGACGGAAAGGUGGGGGCGUGUGGCUUCAACAGCCGCAUCCUGCCCAGCUUCUACCCCAUCAGACUGGUCAGGGUGCAGGAGGGGAACAAAGAGCUGCUCAGGGAUCCACAGGGCCUCUGUAUACCCUGUAUGCCUGGUGAGCCGGGCAUGUUGGUAGGACGCAUCAACCUCACGGAUCCACUCAGGAGAUUUGACGGCUACGCUGAUAAGGACUCUACCAAUGACAAAAUAGCGCACAAUGUCUUCAAGAUGGGGGACUCUGCGUACGUCUCAGGUGACCUGCUGGUGAUGGAUGAUUACGGCUACAUUUAUUUCAGGGACCGUAGCGGCGACACGUUUCGUUGGCGAGGGGAAAACGUUUCCACCACGGAGGUGGAGGGGGUCCUCAGCCGCCUGCUGGGACACACAGUCGUAGCCGUCUACGGAGCGUCCGUCCCAGGUGUGGAGGGGAAGGCUGGCAUGGCAGCAAUAGCUCACGCGGGAGGCCGGUUUGACCUCGAUGCGUUCUUGAUCGCCGUACAGAAAGCUCUGCCUUCCUACGCACGCCCCGUCUUCCUGAGACUCAUGCCAUCUGUUGACACUACAGGUACCUUUAAAAUCCAGAAGACUCGGCUGCAGAGGGAAGGAUACAAGUCGCGAGACUCGAGGGAGGAGAUUUAUUUCCUGAACAGUCGCGCUGGCCGUUACGAGGCUGUUACUGAUGAACUGUAUGAAGCCAUCGUGGAGGGGAGGGUGCGUCUGUGAGACAGGACGAGGAGGAGAAGAAACUGACCGGAGGAGCGUAUAUUCAAAAGGAGAAAGAGAGAGAAGGAAAACAGUUUUGUAAAUUUGAUUGUGGCACUGUUUUUUCUUUCAUCAA